AAUUACAAAUUAACUAAAGCAUCCAUAGAGCUAAAUAGCGAACAGAUGGGUUCACAAAACCAAAUUGAAUUUCCUGUCAUCGACUUGUCUGAGGAAGGCCUAAAUCGGGGAUCAAAGUCUUGGGUAUCCAAAUGCGAAGAAGUUCGAAGAGCACUCGAAGAAUAUGGUUGUUUUAUUGCGGAGUACGACAAAGUUUCCUUAGAACAUCAUAACACAAUCAUUAAUCAAAUGAAAGAGUUAUUUAGUCUCCCACUUGAAGUUAAAGUCCAGAAUGUUAGUCACAAACCUGCCCAUGGCUAUGUUGGCAGAAUUGAAGCUAUUCCUCUCCACGAAGGCUUGGGGAUUGAUCGAGCAACAAAUGUUGAAGAGUGUGAAAAGUUCAUGAAUUUGAUGUGGCCAGAAGGAAACAAACAUUUCUGUGAAAAUGCUCAUCGAUAUGCAAAGAUUGUGGCAGAAUUAGAGCAGAUGGUUGUGAGAAUGGUUUUUGAAAGCUAUGGCCUAGACAAAUACUUGGAUGCUCAAAUUAAGGCAACCACUUACCUUCUUCGUUUCUUGAAUUACCGAAAACCUCAGACUGGAGAGCCUAGUAUUGCUUUUGUUUCUCACACUGAUAAGAGUUUCAUCUCUAUCCUUCAUCAAAAUGAUAUCAAGGGUUUAGAAUUAAGAAAUGAACAAGGAGAGUGGAUUGGUUUCGAGCCCUCUCCUUCAAGGUUUGUAGUCUUCGCUGGUGAUGCGUGCAUGGCAUGGAGUAAUGACAGAAUAAAAUCUUGCUAUCAUCGAGUUGUGAUGAAAGGAAAUGAAGCGAGGUAUGCAUUGGGAUUGUUUUCAUUUCGUGGUGGUACAAUUGAAACGCCAAUGGAGUUAGUGGAUGAUGAGCGCCCAUUACAGUAUAAACCAUUUAAUCAUGAUGGACUGCUUGAGUUCUAUAACACAAUUGAUCUCAAGAAGAGAUCCGAACGCAGCAUGAUCAAAGUCUACUGUGGAGUUUAAAAUCUGCUAAUGAAUUAAUUAUUCACCUAUA